AAAAAAAUGGUUUCCAGUAGGAAAGACUGUGUAGUGACAGUCCACGGACCUGUGUGUAGUAUGCGGGUUGUUCCAGGUUGGCAUUGAUAAAUUUAGCUCCCCGUGGCUUGUCUAUCAGCGUCUUUUACAAUAGCCAAAUGAACCAAACAUUAACGUUAAAGCACAACAGUUGAUACUCUCGAAAACCGAAAUGGCAGACGACGAAAUAGACUACAAUAUCGUGUUUCCAGAUGCAGGGACAUCGGACAGACACUGGCAGGGGACAAAGGAGCCAGUUGUGAUUCUGUUGGGCUGGGCUGGUUGCAAAGACAAACACCUCUCCAAAUACAGCUCCAUCUACAAUGAACAGGGAUGUGUCACCAUCCGCUACACAGCUCCCUUGAAGACGGUCUUCAUCUCCGAGUCUUUUGGCUACAAGGAGCUGAGCAGUACAGCCCUGAAGCUGCUGGAGAUCCUCUAUGACUAUGAGGUGGAAAACAGUCCUAUUUUCUUUCACAUAUUCAGUAAUGGUGGCUUCAUGCUGUACCGUUACAUUGUAGAGUUGUUGCAAAAUGAUAAGCAGUUCAGCUCCCUGUGUGUGAUUGGGGCUGUAGUGGACAGUGCCCCAGGUAGUGGAAAUGUACGUGGGGCCCUGCGUGCACUGACCGCCACCCUCGGGCCCAAAAUAAGUCCUGUUUUAAGAUACGUUCUCUUAGCCCUAUUCGCAGUGACUGUUUUCCUGUUGCGAAUCGUGCUGUACCCAUUGACCAAGUACAUUCACAAGAACCACUAUGAUGCAGUGCAGGAGAGGCGGCCCGCCUGGCCUCAUUUCCAUUUGUACUCCAGAGCUGACCAGGUGAUCAGGCAUCGGGACAUUGAGAUGUUUGUGGAGACCCUGAAGCAGAAAGGCGUCCCGGUGGACAGUUUUGAUUUUGUAACCAGUCCCCAUGUUGGUCAUUUCCGGGAUUUUCCCGAGCAGUAUGCUCUUAAGUGCCGCGAUUUCCUGGUUUCUUGCAUGAAGGACUUGGAAGGGACUGAGAUAAAGAAGAGACAGAGGGUUCAGAAUCAAUGAAACCUUGAGAAACUCACCACACUCGUUGAGCAGUCGUUCCAGAUUUUAAAGAGAAGUGAAGAAAAUCAGACAACUUCUCAGUGGUCUGAAAAAAUCAGUUAGAAAGUGAGGCCGAAAAGUUGAACAGCAACAAGUACGAGGUCUUGGCGAUGUUUUUCCGUCCCGGUGCACGCAAUGGGAAGGUUCUACAUGUGGUCUGGGUGUACUGCGCUUAAUCCAUAAAUGGAAAAACAACAAUGUAACACACUGUAAUUCACGUGCCCCUAAAGUGUGCGGCACAGAGGCCUAACCCUGCCUACUCAAAUGUUUUUAGUCGUAUAUCAUGUAAAAAAUAAUAAUCCAAGCUAUUGCUAUACACUGGCAAAUAAAUCCUUUAGGAUAAUUUAAAUGGUAUUUAAUAUUGCUGUGAAAUGUGAUGCAUUGUAGAUUAGGUUAGUAGUGAUUCUACAAGUGAGGCUGGCUGUUUGGGAAAGAAUAAUCUCUAUCACCUGUUUGUAAAAGUUUACAGAGUACAGAUUUAAUCUUAAAAUAAGGUCACAGGGUGCUUACAAUGAAGGCAACUGUCAAAUAUUAAAAAGAUCAGUCACGUAAUGUUCUUUUCUUUUUUUUUAAAAAAAAAAAAAGUCUCAAAAUUGUCACCUUAAGCAGUUAAUGCGUUUUUGAAUUGUCUUUUUGGUCCAGAAAUUGUACAUUACUCAGCCCUAAUAUGUGACACACAGUUGAUUUAGUUUUAGAUUUAGUAAAAAGGUGAUUGACAAUGAAUGUAUAUGUCCAGCACAAGCAUUGUGUUCUUUCUAACUGAUGUGCCUUUAAUAAAUGCUCGUAGAAAAUUA